AUGAGCAAGAGAUCUAUUUGACCCAGUCUUACUAUCUCAUUUUAUCGAACACAUAAUUCGACUGCGGCAAAAUGUCUUCAAAAUUCGUUUUCAAUUCGGACCAGUGAUUUCUUCACUUCAAAAUUUGAUUUUAUUUAUUUUUCUAACUCGUUUUUAUGUUUAAUGCGUUCAAUGGGACCUAAUGUUACCAUUGUAAUUGUUUUCACGAGUUUUGUCCGUUAAUGUUAUUAUGUCUAACAUUCAUACAAUGGGCUGGUCAGAGUCGCGGAUUAACAAAUCUGCAAAACGCGACGACUUUUUGAAUGAAGGGACUUCUGAUAUACGAUUUAAUAGCCAAAAGAAAUAUUACGGCUUCAGACGCUUUCCCGAUCAGAAGAAAGUUCGCAAACCUACUAUCAAAGCAAUAGAGGUUAGUCCACCGAAGUUGGUGGGUCACUUCGAAACCGAUAGAUUCGGAAAAAAUCUGAUGUUAGAUGGCAGCGACGGUCGCAUGCGUGUGUAUAAUCUUCCAGUUGAACAAAAACACGUCGUGAUACAAACUAAGGAUUCGGAUGUCGAAGAUGUUGUUGACGACUGGGAGGAGUUAUUCGAAAAUGAAUCCAAAGCUGCAGCUCCAUUACAUACAGUGACUAUUCCUGACUGCUACGAUUUGGACUUCGAUUUACUCAACGGAUAUGUACCACUGAAGGAUGGAGGAAAUCAGAUUUCGUUACAAGGAAUACCCUGCGACAGGACAGCAGGCAUGCGAUGGAUGGUAAAAAAUCGCCAGAAAUUGAAAUGCGAAGAUGGUAGUCGACUAUUCGACGUUGAUUUUUAUGCAGGAAAUGCUGCGUUGCAAUUGAUAAUGUCGUGUCAGUUUAAUAGACAUGAAAAAAAGGCCAUCGUUGCGGUUAUCCUUUUUAAGGGAACACAUUUUCUGUUCCUUAUUGAUCCCCAAAACGAACGUAUUCACGAGGUGUCCAAUAAACUGUCAUUCAGUGGAAUAAGAUUCGAAGACUAUGUAUCUCGAGGAGAAAAUGGAGAAGAAAGUAAACCAUCGAGUGGUCUGCUUAACAACUACGGAGACUUCGCAAAGUACAGCAAUGUCGUUCGAUUCAAUUUCCACAAUUUCAAAAUGCUCGUUACCGGGAAUGUGGACUGCAUGAUUCCAGGAUCAUCGGCAGCUGGAAAGAAACCCAAAGCAGAAGACUUCAUAGAACUGAAAACAUCGGCGCCACUGGAAGACAAAUACGAUAAAUCGCGUAUGAGUCAAGAUUUUUGUUGCAGUAAAUCGUCGUCAUGGUUCGCACAAUGCGUUAUGAUGGGAGUGAAGAACGUGGUAGUUGGAAUCAGAGAUGCAGAUGAAGGAUGCAGAAAAAUUACGGUUAAGAAAACACGUACCUUUACGUUGGAACAGCUGCAACAAAAUUCCAACGGAUUUUGGUCGAAGAAUCAAUGUUUCGAUGUCUUGAAGAAAUUUCUUUGUGCCGUGAAACAAAAGGUAACUGAAGACAAUCCAGAUAUUAUAAAUAUCUUCGAAGUUGAAGAUGGCUUUAUCAGAGGACCAGAGAAGAGAACUUAUUCGGAUGACUCUGUGCGUUACCCGGACAUUUCCGAGGUUGUCGAACUGAUGAAUAAGUUGUAAUGCAACAAAUAAGUUUGCAGGAUGAGUUGCAAUGGCUUCUUUUAUAUGUAAGUUUAAGUGAUAUCAAAAAUUUUGAUAUUUUUCAUUUUAAAUUUUAACGAUGUCGCGAAUGAUGUUUAAAAGUUUGUUUUUCUAUGCAAAUAACGUGACUUCUAUAUUUUGUACUUCUUAACUUUUCCAGUAGGUUUUAGUGUUUAACUUCUUAAGCUUUCCAGUAGAGGUGUCAAUGUUUCAAACUCUUUAGUGAAUUUUAAUAAACUUUCUUAUGAGUUUGCAUUUCAAA